AAUAUACCGAAACAAAUUUUUUGGUCCUUGAUGAUGAUUGAUAUGGUACGUGCAUGCGUGAAUGUAUUGCCUUAGGUAUUUUGAUUGUGUGUCCAGGAUAUUGCAGUUUGUUAGCCCUCAUGGUUUAGGGUUGUCUGUUUAACUUUAAAAAAUUAUACUUGUGACCUGUUUACAUUUCUUGUUUUUAUUAUCCAUAUAUCAUAUAAAAGAUGAUUGUAGGACUGUGGAAUAGCGUCAUGGCUUUGCGCAGCAAACUACAGUAUCUGCUGACAGCUGAAUAUGGUUGCUAUUUAUUGGUUAUUUUGUAAACUGCUUCCUUAUAUCAUGCAUGAUUCAGAUAUGUGUCUGAUGUGGACAAUAGCUGGUAGUUCAAAAUGUUGGAAUUUCUGUAGCCCUAGGAUUUUGCAGCUUUUAAGAAUGUCAUGAACAUGUUUCAGGUUUAGAGCAUCCAGAAAAUGCAGGGAAAUCGGGGAGGCAGGAAUCCUUUCUUUGGUUUUAAUGAUCCUUUUGCUGGUUUUGGGGGUUUUGGUGGCUUUGGGGGUCAGAGAAAUUUGUUGUCUGGAGUUUUUGGAGGUAGGGACCCAUUUGAUGACCCUUUCUUCACGCGUCCUUUUGGAGGCAUGUUUGAGUCGGGCUUCUUUGGUCCCACUGGAAGUCCAUUCAUGGAUGCACAUGCAUCUGGAUUUCUUGAACAUCAACCCUCCCAGCCAAACAGAUCAAGGGGGCCAAUCAUUGAAGAGCUUAACUCUGAUGAUGAACAAGAAGGAGGGGGUGUGAAGGGGAAGAAAGAUAAUCCAAGCAAGCGUGGUAGGUUGAGCAAAGAACCUUAUGUCGAGGAUCCAGAUGAUGAAGCCGAAGAGCGAAAGAGUAAACAAAUGCAGUACAGAAAUGUCUUCAACAGCUUAAACAAUGCACACACACAGCCCCAAUCUCACAGCUUCACCUUUCAGAGUUCCACUGUCACUUACGGCGGUGCCAACGGUGCCUAUUAUACUUCAUCUACAACAAGGAGGACAGGGAGUGAUGGAUUGACAAUGGAAGAAAGUAAAGAAGCUGAUUCAGCUACUGCCCAAGCAACUCAUAGGGUAUCGCGUGGAAUUCACGAUAAGGGACAUUCUCUUACAAGGAAACUAAAUUCAGAUGGUAGGGUGGACACAAUGCAGACCCUGCACAAUCUUAAUGAAGAUGAACUCGCUGGUUUUGAAAAAUCUUGGAAAGGGAAAGCAAGAAAGCAUCUGCCUGGUUGGAGUGAGGGGUUUAAUCCGCAUGAUGGAUAUGGUAGCAGUGCUCAGAAAGGUGGUUGGGCACUUCCCUCAACUGAAAACCUGCACCCACAUUACACUGGGAGCAUGAAACCAGACAUGGUAGGCUCUUCUCACUCGCAACCCUUGGGAAGUGUGAAGGCAGCUGUUGGAGAUAAAGGUGGUUGGGCACUUCCCUCAACUGAAAGCCCGCACCCACAUUACACUGGGAGCAUGAAACCAGACAUGGCAGGCUCUUCUCAUUCGCAACCCUUGGAAAGGGUGAAGGCAGCUGUUGGAGAUAGGACAAGUUCUUCUCGGGGUAGACCAAGAGCAGCUACCAGUAACGUGGAUCAAGCUAGGAGGCAUUAAGAACCUCAGUUUGCUCUGCCUUUUCCAUCUUUUUCAUCUCUCUGAAUAUUAAGUGUGGAAUUAACAGUUUCUGUAUGUUCUAUAUCUCUAUGCUGUUGGCUGGAUAUUGAAUACAUGCCACUCAUGUUAGGGCUCGCAAACUUGGAGGGGGGUCUUUGUUUUGUGUCAUGGCCAUCAUAUUUGAGCUUGCCUUGUCGCAAAUUGAGCUUGGUGGUUGCACGUGUACUAUUGUAUGCACAGUCGUGAUUGUCUGCUUUGAGGCUCAUGGAGAUAGCUACGUCUUUUGCAUUAUAUAAUAGAGUUGAAUUUGAAACUGUCUGUGGAAAGAUAUGCUGCUAGUGAUGUAGUUUGUAGUUACGUUGUUAAUGUAAUCGUAGACUGGCUUUUAACUAUACUGAGGAGUAAUCUGAAGGGUACAUGCAAAUCAAAAAAGGUUUAAUAUUCUUGGUAUUUUAAAGCAGUUUUGUGUAUCGGU